UCGUGCCGCCGGGGCCUCUGGGCACACCUGGAAUCCGAGCCCGCUCCUUUCCCCCGGCUUCCGCGGGGAAGCGAGACGCCGCCUCGGGUUCGGAAAGUGUUUUUCCAAGUCCUCUCCUCGGGGCGGAGUUGCUUCUCGCGGGCCCCGGCCGCCCGGCUCCCGCCCGGAACUUCCGCAGCUGCCCCAGGCAACGCUCGCCAACCACCGGGAACAGGAAACGCGGAGGGCGGAGGAGCCUCUUCCGGGGGCUCUCUAGGCUCCCACGGCUCCUCGGUGGUUCUUCCUGCUCCCGCCUCUUCCGCUCCGCCGCCGGGAUUUGAGGAGCUCUCGCGAGACCCGGGCCUCUUCCUAAGCCGGCGCUCUCACGCAGGACGAGGCCAUGUUCAGUUCGAGCGCCAAGAUCGUGAAGCCCAACGGCGAGAAGCCGGACGAGUUCGAGUCCGGCAUCUCCCAGGCUCUCCUGGAGCUGGAGAUGAACUCCGACCUCAAAGCCCAGCUGAGGGAGCUGAACAUCACGGCGGCCAAGGAGAUUGAAGUUGGCGGCGGCCGCAAAGCCAUCAUCAUCUUCGUUCCCGUCCCUCAACUGAAGUCUUUCCAGAAAAUCCAAGUGCGGCUCGUGCGGGAGUUGGAGAAGAAGUUCAGCGGGAAGCACGUGGUGUUCAUUGCUCAGAGGAGAAUUCUGCCCAAGCCAACUCGAAAAAGCCGUACAAAAAAUAAGCAAAAGCGCCCGAGGAGCCGCACUUUGACAGCGGUGCACGACGCGAUCCUGGAGGACUUGGUUUUCCCAAGUGAAAUUGUGGGCAAGAGAAUCCGCGUGAAACUGGACGGCAGCCGGCUCAUAAAGGUUCAUUUGGACAAAGCACAGCAGAACAACGUGGAGCACAAGGUUGAAACCUUUUCUGGGGUCUAUAAGAAGUUGACGGGCAAGGAUGUUAACUUUGAGUUCCCAGAGUUCCAGUUGUAAACAAAAAAUGAUUAAAUAAAACUUUCACAGUA